CAUGACCAGCACACCCAGACUCUCCAAGCGCAAACGAUCUCUGCUAGCCUGUGAGCCCUGCCGCCAGCGGAAGCGGAAAUGCGACGGUGAAACCCCAUGUUUGACCUGCACCAGUUGGGGCUAUGAGUGCCAUUAUCCUCGACAGCGACGCGCGAGGCCUCGAGCCUUGACGCCCGAUCCGCCCGCGGCCGCGUUGGGGGAUCCCGCACGCGACUCCGCUACAAAUGCCGACACGAGCGCCUUCACCAAGUCACUCGAGGCCAACUCUGGUGCGGCCUUUGUAAGGAAGAUCGGGCUCAAGGUCGACCCGGCCAACGCUCCGAAAUUGAACCUCUUCGGGUGGAACGUGGGGAUGCGCAAGGGGCCGUCUGUGGCUGCUGGGGCUGCUAUCCCGAUCGUCGAUAUCCUUUCGCUAUCGCAUGCAAAGACCCUCGCGGAUGUUUAUUUCGCCAAGGUCGAUCCGUGUUACGGAUUCAUCGACGCCUCUGUGUUCUUCCGCCGCCUAGAUGCCCGCUGGUCGGGAUCCGAGGGCAGCGCAUACGACGGCGUGUUGGCCGGGGUCAUGGCCCUGGGGUCGCUGUUCUCGGAGAGAAACAUAAACAUCACCGAGGCACAUCUGGUAGAGCUGACGCGCUCGAUCGCGGAAACCCACAUCGGAAGUUCAGCCCCAUCAAUAGACAGCGUGACAACGUGGGCGCUGCGAGUCGUCUACAUGCGCAUGACGGCUCCUCCGUACCCGACAUGGAUCGCCAGCUCGACGUUGAUUCAUCUGAUCGAAGCUUCCAAGCUGCAUCAGGACUCCUCGGACCAGGACGACGUGGACAUGCGACGACGGCUGAUCGGAGUCGCCCAGCACCAGAAUAUCUGGAUCUCAUACGACCUGGGUCUUUCCCGAGUCUCUUUCCCACAUGACACGGUCGCGAUGCCGACUACGAGGCAGGGGGACUUCACCGUCGAGCUUCUUCGACUCCUACCCCUCACCACCAGCCUUGGACCAGAGAACCAGCGCCAUGACCAGGAGAUCGAAGAGUUGUUACUCCAGACCCUAGGAAGCACGCACACGCAACCACCAUCCACGCUGGCGCAAUGCAACCUGGUGCUUUGUCUUCUUCGACGCCUCCGAAUGACCAACCUUACGGCCUCGCCAUCUACAAUGGAGCGAAUUGUCGACCUGCUGAAGAGCAGUCUCGCCGCAGCUCGUCGGAUGGCUACCACCUGCAGCCCCUGGCAGCACGUAGCCAAUGUGCCUUUCCAGAUGAUCAGUAUCCUGCUGGAGAUGGACACGAGUGCUUCCUUGGAGCUGCUUCCCGAAGCCAUGCAGACACUGAAGCUGGUCGCGUCGACGUACGAUACGGAGACCAUGCGAGAGGCAUACGGCACGGCGUGUCUCCUUAUCAUGAUGUACGAGCGACGCAGGCGUGCCGAUACGCGGUUGCUGAGCGGGCUGUUGGAGGACCACCAGCAGCCGUCGGGAUCGCAGGUGCUUCCGGGUCCUAUCCCCAGUUCUAAUGAAGUGACUUGGCUGGAGGGACUGGUCGCGGAUGUGCCGACUCUGCAGGGACUGGAUUUCACGCAGUUUUUGCAGGCAGAUAUGGCUCGGAUGUCGAACUCGGAUGUCUGGGAUGAUAAUGAUGUUUGAGGGAUUGAGUGCUAUCUGGAGUUUCGGCUGUUAUAUACAACUCUGUCUGGAAACAAUCUUAUAUACCAGUUCGUUUCUAUGACCAUCAGAAUUCAGCUUUACCCUGUUGGUCCACAGCAAGUUCAAUAGGUGAUGGCAAUCCUGCGGAACUUUCACACCUUCUAAGGACCUGCCAGACUAUAUCUGCUUCGACAAUGACACCAGCUUGCCACAAUGUCA